CCCGCGGCCAGCCGGAGGCGGCGCCGGGCAGGCCUGAGCGGCGGGGCGCGGCGCCCGGCCCGCGGGGAUGCGGGACCGGCUGCCGGACCUGACGGCGUGUAGGAAAAAUGAUGAUGGGGACACAACUGUUGUUGUUGAAAAGGACCAUUUUAUGGAUGAUUUCUUCCAUCAGGUCGAGGAGAUCAGAAACAGUAUAGCAAAAAUAGCUCAGUAUGUCGAAGAAGUGAAGAAAAACCACAGCAUCAUUCUUUCUGCACCAAACCCAGAAGGAAAAAUAAAGGAAGAGCUUGAAGAUCUGAACAAAGAAAUCAAGAAAACUGCUAAUAAAAUUCGGACUAAGUUGAAGUCUAUUGAACAGAGUUUUGAUCAGGAUGAGGGUGGAAACCGAACUUCUGUGGAGCUUCGGAUACGAAGAACCCAGCAUUCAGUGCUAUCUCGAAAGUUUGUGGAAGUCAUGACAGAAUUUAACGAAGCACAGACUCUAUUUCGGGAGCGAAGCAAAGGCCGUAUACAGCGUCAGCUAGAAAUAACUGGAAAAACUACCACCGAUGAUGAGCUGGAAGAGAUGCUGGAAAGUGGGAAUCCCUCCAUCUUCACGUCAGAUAUUAUAUCAGAUUCACAAAUCACUAGACAGGCUCUGAAUGAAAUUGAGUCCCGUCAUAAAGACAUCAUGAAGCUGGAGACGAGCAUCCGCGAGCUGCACGAGAUGUUCGUGGACAUGGCCAUGCUCGUCGAGACCCAGGGUGAAAUGAUCAACAACAUAGAAAAAAAUGUUACGAAUGCCGCAGACUAUGUAGAGCAUGCUAAAGAAGAAACGAAGAAAGCUAUUAAAUAUCAAAGCAAAGCAAGAAGGAAAAUGAUGUUCAUUAUUAUCUGUGUAGUUAUUUUGCUUGUGAUCCUUGGAAUUAUCCUAGCAACAACAUUGUCAUAGCAACCGUAUCCCAAGAGCCAUUUGUCCUUGGAGUCAGACCACAUCUGCAGCAAAUCAGCAUCCUCCCAUUUCAUGAAUGAAUCCUAGACAUUGUGAC